GUCGCAGUGAGUGAGUGACACUGGCGGACAGCCAAUCAGCUCCUCUGCAGCUCGCUGCUCCCGCCUCCGCAGUCGGACUUUGGUCGUAAUUUUGCCUUGAUCAGCUCCACUGGAAAUCCAGCUGCUCAAAACGUCCAGCCGACGAUCGCUGAGCAAAGGUUGCGUCUCGAAAAUGUCACUGAAGGAAGAGUUUGACAAAGUGGCAGAGGAUGUGAAGAAUGUGAAGACGAAGCCUACAGACCAAGAGCUUCUGGAUCUGUAUGGCCUUUACAAACAGGCAAUUGUCGGAGACGUUAACACUGAUAGACCAGGAAUGAUAGACUUCAAAGGAAAAGCCAAGUGGGACGCAUGGGAAUCCAGGAAAGUUCUUCCAUUUGCUUCUGAGGGUGAGUUUAAUGCUACGGUAGAAACUGUAAGACAAUUUCAAGAUGGUAUUGGCAAAGAGCUGCACCAGAAGCUACUACAGAGAGCAAAGAUGAAGAAGAACUGGUUGGAGGAAUGGUGGUUAGACACUGCGUAUCUGGAGGUUCGCCUCCCCUCUCAGCUGAAUGUGAACUUUGGAGGUCCGGCAUCUUACCUAGAGCACUGCUGGCCUCCAGCAGAAGGAGUUCACAUGGAGAGGACUAGUCUCCACACUUGGCUGACACUACAGUACUGGAACCUGCUCCGCACUGAGAGGGUGCCUCCCCAGAAAGCUGGGAAUAAACCAUUAGAUAUGGACCAGUUCAGAAUGAUGUUCUGUACGUGCAAAGUACCUGGAGUUAAAAAGGACACAAUUCAUAACUACUUCAAAACAGAGCGUGAGGGUCCUUGCCCUUCACAUUUAGUAGUUAUGUGUCGUGGGCGUAUCUUCACGUUUGAUGGUCUUUGUGAUGGACAGAUCCUCACACCUCCAGAACUUCUCAGACAGCUGAAGUACGUAAAAGAGCGCUGUGAGGUGGAGCCGGAAGGAGACGGAGUAGCUGCUCUCACAUCAGAGGAGCGGACUCGAUGGGCGAAGGCUAGGGAGCAUCUAAUUAGCAUUGAUCCACACAACAAGACCAUCCUGGAGACUAUCCAAAGCAGCCUGUUUGUCAUAUCUCUGGAUGAAACUAAACCUUACUCCUCUCCAGAGAACUACACAAAUGUAACCCUGGAGGCCCUCACAGGCAACCCAACCAUACGCUGGGGGGACAAAUCAUACAAUGCACUUGUAUUCUCAGAUGGCUCCUUUGGAUCCAAUUGUGAUCAUGCACCAUAUGAUGCCAUGGUGCUGGUGUCUAUGUCUUGGUAUCUGGACCAGCAAGUAAAACAGAUGGGUGGCAAAUGGAAGGGCUCAGACACAGUCAGACCUAUGCCCCUUCCUGAGGAACUGGUGUUUACUGUAGAUGAAAAAGUCCUCAGUGACAUCAGCCAUGCCAAGCAGCAAUACCUGGAGUCGACAAAGGACCUGCAGGUUGUAUGUUGUGCCUUCACAGCUUUUGGAAAAGCCACCAUCAAACAGAAGAAGCUGCAUCCUGACACCUUCGUUCAGCUCGCAAUGCAGUUAGCCUACUACAGAGUGCACAAAACGCCUGGCAGUUGUUAUGAGACAGCAACAACUCGCACAUUUUACCACGGCAGAACAGAGACAAUGCGACCCUGCACUCAGGAGGCUGUGAACUGGUGUAAAGCCAUGAUGGACCCCACCUGUGAGGUUGACUUUAAGAGGAAAGCAAUGUUAGUGGCCUUCAACAAACACAACAAACUGAUGUCUGAAGCUCAAGAUGGGAAAGGUUUUGACCGUCACCUCCUUGGCUUAUACCUGAUUGCUAAGGAGGAGGGCCUUCCCACUCCAGAACUCUAUAUGGAUCCUCUUUAUGCAAAAAGUGGUGGAGGCGGUAACUUUGUGCUGUCAUCCAGCCUCGUGGGCUACACUACAAUCCUGGGGGCUGUGGCUCCCAUGGUGCAUCAUGGUUAUGGCUUCUUCUACCGCAUUAGAGAUGACAGAAUUGUGGCCUCUGUGACAGCAUGGAAGUCCUGUCAUCAGACAGAUGCUGUGACUUUGUUCAACAACUUUACUAGCUCCCUGCAUGAGAUGCUGCACUUGGCCACCACGUCUCAGCUUUAGGUGCAGGUCAGGUAGUCAGGAACAGCCUCAGCUUCCUGGUCCUUUUUAAGCAUAAAUGCACUAAUAGCCAAUAAACCCUCUGUUAAACGCUGACAGCUCAUGAUAGUUGUUUGUUCUCAGCACAGAUCAAUGCAAAUAAGUAGUUGUAGUGUUAAAUGUUAAAUUGUUCAGUGUAAAUAUUUCUUUUAGAUGUCUGUAUUCUUCCUGACUGUCAUGACUUUAGUAAAACUUUACAAACUUUAUUAAAGUGCUUUCUUUAACAUUAACAGUGUUGUUCUAAAUUUAAGCUGAACUGUGUUUAUUCCAACUGAAUCAUUAUUUGACAAAGCUUUUCUAAGGUUAAUGAACCGUAAAAAAUAGCUGGAGGCCUCGUUAAGUCCUGUUAUAUAAUACAGGCUGAUCCCAUCAAAAUCAUAAAACUUACAAUUGUGAAUUAACCCUGGCUUUACACUGUUUAUAAUGAAUGACAUUACUAACAGUAAUGAUGCAUUACAAUGGAAAUGCACAAACUAUGAUCAUUCCCAACAACACAUGUCUCUGCUGAUGGAAAACUAAUUAUAGUUGCAGAAAUAGGAGGAAUUCACAGUUCAGUGUGGGUUUUUAGCUAACAGUUGCCUUCCAGUGUGCUGGACCACUGCGCAGUGCACACUUCAACAUAUCUGUGAAACAAAAACUUGACUAGCGCAUGGCACCUUAUUGUACCACAAACUAUGCACUUACCGUUUUUAUUCACAAUAUCAGAUGAUUUAAUGUUUAAAUGUCAGUGAAUCUUAAACUGUGAUUGUUUUUGUUUCCACUCUGAUUUAGAGCCUUAAUCUAUAAUCAGUCUGAAUGUAAGAUUGGCUUUUGUAAUUAUUGUAAAAUGGCACUGCUGUAGCCAAACGACGUACAACGACAUAAAAAAGCACAGGUAUGUUGUGUUGAAUAAAUGAUUUGUCACAUA